AUGACUUCGGUCUAUACACGUUGAUUUGUGUUGGCUCCCCGGUAGCAGGAGGGAUUUCCUGUUAAAUUUUAGUUCUGCGGCCUCUGUUGAAGGGCACUUGUCUCACUCUGUCCACACAAGGGUCGUGUGUCAAAGGACCAUUUCCAAUCCAUCAUGGGAGGACACGAUGCCGGGUCUCAGCACCAGUUCACUGGGAUGGCCAGAUACUUCAAUUCAUACACAAUCACAGGAAGGAGAAAUUGUGUUUUGGCCACAUAUGCGAGCAUACUAGCCAUUGCCCUCUUCUUUAAAUUGAAACCCAAGAAACAAGCAGCUGUCACGGCAAAGUGAUUGAGUGUUCCCUUUGAUGACCAUUUAUUAUAUAGCAGGGGGUGACCAAGACAGUUGUGCUUGUAAAAUGUGACCAUUUGUGGUGUUCUCAUGUUAAUAAAGAUUUAUUCCCAAAACAUA